UAUUCCGUAACACAGUUCACUUGAUGCAUAUAUAGUCAACAGUCAUCGACACGUGUAGUGAGUGUUUCUAGUAAAGUAAAGAAGUGGUUAUUAGAAUACAAUAAUUUCAUAUAUUGAUAAAACGACAAAUAGUGCGCGUUCUUAAUUGUUUCGUUUAAUUUCUAUGUAUUAGAAAUCGAAAAUCAAUCGUUUUAAAAUUUAUCUGCUUUUGAUUAGAUGAUUUCGAUGGAAAUAUAUCAAACAUGUCGUAGAGCUAAGUCUGUGUAGUAAAAUGUCGCAAUAAUAUGUCUCGAUCGAAAUGUAUGAAAGUAAACAAUAGGAAUUAUAAAGCAUAAAGAAAAAACCAAACCAAAUGAAUCGGUUCUGCGACAAAAAGCCAAAAAAUAUUUAUCUUUAAAAUGGGUAACAAUUUACAGAAAAAUUAUCAAAACAAAUACCUGCUGGUGUUAUCAUCGGACUGUCGGUUAUGAAUUCAAUGGUUGUCAUAUUAUUGCUAAUGGGGAUUGUUUCAUUGACGGCCGCGCAGACAACAAUCAAAUGUUUCGAAAGUAAUAAUAAGGGUAGAGAUAAAAAGAAUAUUCUUCUGGACUGCUCCAAUACGACUGGUAAGAAUCAUACGUAUAGUGUUGAAGAAUGGAUCCGCCACCAUGCUUUUGUGGACGAAGGAAUUCUCGCUAAUCGUGUUUCGCAAGUCAACCUGGAAAAUAACGAUAUCGAAAUGUUAUUUACGCUCCCAAAAAUGUCAUCGUUGAAAAAGUUAUCGUUUAAGCACAAUAAAAUAUCCUCCGUUGAAAAUCAAGCACUAUCAAACUUACAAAAUCUCGAAGAACUAGACUUAAGUCAUAAUUCACUAAAAGGUUACGAAUUACGUCUAUCCUUGUUUUUCGAUCACCAAAGGCAGAACGUAUUAAUAACGAAUGACGAAUCAAUUCAUUCGUCAAAAUCGGUGCUCAAAGUUCUUAAACUUGGUAACAACAAUAUCCACUCGUUAACACCGAAUUUUUUUGAAUAUUUAUCGAAUUUAGAAGAACUCGAAAUAAGCAAUAAUCCUUUGUCAGUUAUCGAUCAAAAUACUGAACUUGCAUUGGGUUAUUUAACAAAUCUUCAGUUUUUGGAUUUGAGUUAUACAGGUUUAUCAGAAUUCCCCGAGGGUAUGUUUUCCCAUAUGUCCAAUGUUGAAACCCUAUAUCUCAAAGGCAAUGAGUUCCAAAAAAUACCGAACGAGAUUCGAAGUAUGCCACUGGCUUUUCUUAAUAUGAAUGAAAAUCCUAUUGUUUGUUUGGACAACAAAUCAUUCACUGGUUUGGAUAAACUUCAAGAACUGAUUAUUAGUAGUUUGCAUAACUUGACUGAUAUUGGAAGCGGUACGUUUUCGCCACUAAAAAAACUAAACAUACUGCAUAUGGCUCAAAACCCUAGCCUGUUAAAUAUCCAUCCUAAUGCUUUCGGGGACUAUACAACAAAUAAAUGGUCAUUGCGACAAUUAAUCAUCAGUAACACCAAUUUGAGCAGUCUAGAUUCGAAUCUUUACCCUUGGGAAAAACUUGAUUGGUUCGAUGCUAAAGAUAAUCCGUGGAUGUGUGACUGUAGAUUAUCGUGGUUGGCAAGUUACAUCAAUGAAACGUUUGCUGAAAUGCCAGAAGAACUUUUACAUUAUCGGUGUCAUGCGCCUAGAGAUAUAUCUGGUAUACUAAUAUCUCAGCUGAAUAAUCACAUUGACUGCAACGAACCUGACAAAAUGCAUCCUAAUAAUAACAUCCACAGUCAUGUCACUCGUCUCCGACAUUUUAUUAUUGUCAUCGGUUUAGUGAUCAGUAUCCUCGUGUUUGGUUCAUUGAUAAACAUGUGUUGUAGGGAAAUCAAUAAGAUACUAAAGCCCAGGUUGCAUGUUCCGUCCAGAUUCAGUUCCGGUGUGAAAUACAAACCUGCAGAUUUCGAAGAGAACCUUGAGCCAUUAGAAGUGCCAGUAAAAAAUAUAAUGAUUCAUGGACGAUCACCUAUAGUCAUAAACAACACAAAUUUAAAUUGAAAUUUUGCGACAAAGAACAUGUUUAAAUCGAUAAAUAGUAGCACUAAGUCGAGAGUCUUUAAUUAUUCUUACGUGCAUUACGAAUAGUUUUUAUAAAGAUCGUAAAGUAAGAUAUUCUACCAUUUAUUAUGAAUUGUAUUACUAAAUUUCAAAUGUAUUUGUAAUCAGUAUAGUUUAUAUCGUAUGAUACAGUGUGAAUAUAACUAUACGUUUAGUUAAAAUAAAAUACCCUGAUAUUUCAUA